AUGAGAGAUUCUUGUCAUCAAGAGAAUGUUCAAAUCUGCGCUCUUACGGUAGACUUCAAAGAGUUAGCAGGACCCACUGAAAGUGUCUCCAUCUUCAUACUUUGUAGAUAUCUCAAACACUCUAAGCUUGACCCGGCUUCUACAAUUUCCAUUGACCCUUUAGCAUCAGAACAGUUUCAAAGUUGCUUGUCGACAAAUCACUCCAAUUCAAUCUUCAAAAACCCUAAAAAUCUCACCAACAACACACCAGAUUCCCUAAUCUACACCGACUUUUCUCAUUCUUCAUCUACAGAUUCUAGUUUCCUCAACUUGAAUUUCACCACCCUGAAGCCGAUUCUGAUCGUCAAACCGAAAUUAGAAUCCGAAAUCAAAAGAUCAAUACUUUGCAGCAGGAAACUUGGUGUGCAAGUAAGAACCAAGAGUGGUGGUCAUGACUACGAAGGUCUAUCUUACCUCUCACAGUCACCUUUCAUAAUCAUCGACCUCAUUAACCUCAGAUCGAUCAACAUCAACCUCACUGACGAAACUGCGUGGAUCCAAUCCGGCGCAACAAUAGGCGAACUCUAUUACAAGAUCGCGAAAAUCAGCAAGAUCCAUGGAUUCCCGGCAGGAACAUGUCCAAGUGUUGGAGUUGGUGGACAUUUUAGCGGCGGAGGAUUCGGUACACUUAUGAGAAGACAUGGUUUAGCAGCUGAUAACGUCGUGGACGCCCGUUUGAUGGACGCAAACGGGGUAAUUCGGGACCGAAUAGCGAUGGGAGAAGAUGUAUUUUGGGCGCUUAGAGGAGGUGGAGCCGCAAGUUUUGGCGUUGUAUUGUCAUGGAAGGUUAAACUUGUUAGGGCUCCUGAAAAGGUAACUUGUUUCCUAAGUCAACAUACAAUGAAACCUGAGAUGACCAAACUUGUUCAUAGAUGGCAAUACGUAGGAUCAGAGGUGGACGAAGAUUUAUUCAUCAGAGUCAUAAUUGACAAUACUCAGGAAGGGAAUCCAAGAAGAGUGAAAUCUACAUUUCAAGCUCUGUUUCUUGGAGGAAUCGAUAGACUGAUUCCUCUAAUGAACCAAAAGUUUCCGGAACUCGGAUUACGAUCUGAAGACUGCAAGGAAAUGAGCUGGAUCGAAUCGGUAAUGUUCUUUAAUUGGAAAUUAGGACAACCGUUAGAGAGUUUGCUCGAUAGACAACAGAGAUACGAAGAUCUUUACUACAAAGCAAAAUCAGAUUUUGUACAAACACCACUUCCUGAAAACGUUUUCGAAGAGAUCUCCAAGAGGUUUCUUGAGAAAGAAACUCCAUUGAUGAUCUUAGAGCCAUUAGAUGGGAAAAUGAGUGAGAUUUCAGAAACAGAAUCACCAUUUCCACAUAGGAAAGGGAAUCUGUACAAUAUACAGUAUAUGGUGAAAUGGAAAGUGAACGAAGUCGAGGAGAUGAAUAAGAAUGUUAGGUGGAUGAGAUCGCUUUACGAUUACAUGAGUCCGUAUGGUUCUGCAUCGCCGAGAGGAGGUUAUUUGAACUACAGAGAUCUUGAUUUAGGCACAAACAAAGGGAUCAACACGAGUUUCGAAGAUACGAGGAAAUGGGGUGAGAGAUAUUUCAAAGGUAAUUUCAAGAGAUUAAUUAGGUUUGGUUAA